GACCGCUUGUGAUAGCCGAUAAGGGCAUGAAGCUAUAAAAAAACCCUGGCUGGAGUGUUACAUUACACCCGCGGAAUAUACUUGGCCACACUGAAUAGUUUUUUUCCACGAACGAAAUCAUCCGAAACCCAAAUAAUUUAUUUUGUUUUCUUUUUCUUUCAGGGUCCAAUUGCACACUCCAUUCAACUCUAAAACCUCACCACAUAGCGCAAAUGAGACUCAUCAUUCGGCAGGAUUAUGAUGAAGUCUCGUCGUAUGUUGCGCAUUAUGUCAAGGAGCGGAUCAACCAAUUUCAACCUACACCCGAAAGACCAUUUGUGCUCGGCCUGCCCACUGGAUCUUCCCCCAUAGGUGUAUACGCAAAACUGGUCGAUUUACACAGGAUUGGCCAGAUUAGCUUCAAAAAUGUUAUCACCUUCAACAUGGACGAAUACGUUGGAUUACCUCGAAACCAUCCAGAAUCCUAUCAUUCCUUCAUGUGGAAUCACCUUUUCAAACAUGUAGAUAUAAAUAUGAAGCAUGUGCAUAUUUUAGAUGGAAACGCCACCGAUCUUGAUGAGGAGUGUCGAAGGUUCGAAGCUUUGAUUGCACGGGUUGGGGGCAUCGAACUAUUCCUAGGCGGAAUCGGUCCCGAUGGGCAUAUCGCUUUUAAUGAACCUGGUUCAUCGCUCACGUCGCGGACAAGAGUCAAGACGUUGGCAUAUGAGACCAUAAUUGCAAAUGCUCGAUUUUUUGAAGGCGAUGUUACAAAAGUGCCAAAACUUGCGUUGACCGUAGGUGUGGCCACUGUUAUGGAUGCUCGAGAGGUGCUGGUCGUCAUCACUGGGGCUCAUAAAAGCAUUGCUCUUGCGAAGUGCAUUGAAGAAGGUGUAAAUCACAUGUGGACAGUAUCAGCGAUGCAGAUGCACCCCAAAGGCUUAAUUGUGUGCGACGAAGACGCCACCUUGGAACUGCAUGUCAAGACCGUCAAAUACUUUAAAUCCAUCGAACAUGUGCAUCAAUCUCUGAUUGGCCCACAUAAUCUUGGGCUCCAAGGAAAUCUCCUUAGAUCAAUGAAGGACACUGACGAAAAUACCGGCAAGCGGCGAAAGCUGUUUUUAGGUACAGUCUUGAACGACGAUCGAGAACCUCGUGCAGCUUCGGUAUCAUCGUCAUCCUCCAACGAAGAACCUCCAAAAAGUACAGAGCCGAAGAAAAAUGGGGAUACGGGAGGCUGGAAGCGAAAGCUGGAAUCAUGAUAUUCAAUAGUAAAAUUAUCUCCUGCACCAUAGCAAAUUUUUAUCUACUCUGACAAGUUUUAUUGGGAUGCUGGCCAACUUUUGGCUAUGGACCUAGGUCAU